UUCCACCAUCUCCUUCCGUUUCGAGAAGCAGAGGAACCAUUCCAAACCAUUCCCGCCGCGCGCACACACAGCGCAUCGCCUCCUCGCCAUCGGCAAGCCGCGCCUCCGCCUCUCAGAUGGACGCGCUGUGGCGCGACCUCGUCGGCGACGUCCCCCGCCUCGUCCACAAGCGCCUCCCGUGCCUCGUCGACCGGCGCCGCAUGGCCCGAGUCUGCCACGACUGGCGCGUCGCCGUCGCGCCGCAGCCGCAGCCGCCGCCGGGGACGAGGCCGCUCCCGUCGAUACUCGUCCCGCGCGCCGACGACGGGCAUUGCUUCGCGUGCGCUCUCGCAGGCUGCGCCACCCACGCCUUCGGCCACCCGCUCCCGGCCGACGCACUCGCCGCGCGCUACUUCGGCGCCUACGACGGUGGCUGGGUCUUCGUCGCCUUCGGCCAAAUCCUGGACUACGCGCUACUCAGCCUCCGCAACGGCACGCGAUUCCACUUCCCCGACACGGGCACGGACAUGGUGGCCGCGACCCUCUCUUCGCCACCGGGCGACGAACGCUGCGUCGCCGCCGCCAUCAGCCAUUCCUGCAUGAUGAACAAUCCACGAAUCCAUGCAUUCGGGAUCCUGAGGCAUCGAGGUGUGGAGGAGGCGACUCAUGAUCCUGCUGAGUUCUUCACCGGCCAUGCUCUGGAGGAUGUCGUACACCACAAGAAAGCCUUCCACUUCCUCACAAGAGAAGAAAACCUCCAUGUUUUUUCGGUACCGGACUUCCACGAAGACGACGACGGUAAUCUGGUGAUACCGCCCAUGGAGGUUCGCCGAUUCUCGCGAGGCGGGCGAGAUUACGGCGGAUGCUUCGCUGUUCGCUACCUGGUGGAGUCCGGCAAGAGUCUCCUCAUGGUCGUCAGGCUCCUUCCUCAUCCUCCCCUCUUUCCGCCGACGACAUGGGCGUUCAAGGUGUUCGAGAUGGUGGAGACGCCCAUCAACAACGACGGGGCACCAUACGACUGGAAGGAGCUGGAAUCGCUGGGUGGGCGGGUGCUGUUCGUCGCGCGAGGCUGCUCCAGAUCGUACGACGCGGGCGACUAUCCAGGCGACGAGUUCAACGAGGGCAUCUACUUCCUGGAUGACGGGAGACUCUACGAUGAGGCGUUCCAAAUCCUGAAUCCCUUUGCCCAGUACCGGGAAUACCCCUGCAGAGAUCACGGCAAGUGGCUGCCGCCGGUGGCGCCGCCGGCGGCGGUUACCGGCCGCGUGGACAAGUUCUUGCCGGAGCAAGGCCCGUCGCACUACACGCCGCCGGUUUGGAUUCUCCCGUGAGAGACUGCCAUGUUCUUGGUUACAUUGUCGUGGUACAGGUAUUGCUUG